CGCCAGGUGAAAGUUUCAAAACAACGCGUGCGCAACUUCCGGAGAUCCCUAAUUCUGGAUUUGCAGUACUUUAGCAGUCUUGUUAAUUAAAGAUAAAGUAUGGUCCUUUAUCCUAUGCAGAUGGUUGAACUUGUGAGGAGAAAAGAUGACAGAAGCUAAAGAAAUUAAGGUUCAAGUUGCAGUGAGGGUAAGGCCUCUUCUGCAGAAAGAAAAAUUGGGAGGCGAACAAUUAUGUGUCCGUGUAAUACCAGACUCUAAGCAAGUCAUUGUGGGAAAAGACAGAGCAUUUACAUUUGAUCAUGUCAUCACUUCAAAAUCUGCCCAGGAUGAAGUCUACAAUAAGUGUGUUGAGCCUUUGGUGAGAAGCUGUUUUGAGGGAUACAAUGCCACAGUCUUCGCCUAUGGCCAAACAGGUUCUGGGAAAACAUUUACCAUAGGAGGUGGGAAUAUAGCAUCUCUUGUAGAACAGGAGUUUGGUAUCAUACCCAGGGCCAUACAGCAUAUAUUCAACACUAUACAGACUGAUAGUGGUACAGAGUAUGUGGUGAGGGUGUCAUAUAUUGAACUGUAUAAGGAGGAACUGAGAGACCUACUUGAUGUCGAUACAUCAAGUAAAGACUUACAUAUCAGAGAGGAUGAAGAUGGAAAUACUGUCAUAAGUGGUACUCGAGAGCUACAGUGCAGCUCAAUGGAUGAAGUGAUGUCGUGUCUACAAAGUGGUUCUGCAGCACGUCACACUGGCUCUACACAGAUGAAUGAGCAAUCCAGCAGAUCCCACUCAAUAUUCACUAUCAUGAUACAGCAGACAGUCUCAGACACGAAUCCUAAACAAGAGAGAAGUAGAAGUGAUGCAAGUGAAGAAGUCUUGGAAAACAGUGAUGAAAAUAUAACGCAGUACAUCACAGCAAAAUUCCACUUUGUUGAUCUGGCAGGAUCUGAAAGAGUUGAUAAGACAGGAAAUGUUGGAGAUCGCUUUAAAGAGUCGGUACAUAUCAACAGUGGCCUGCUCGCCUUGGGGAAUGUAAUCAGUGCUCUUGGGGACCCGAAAAGAAAAGUGACCCAUAUUCCCUACAGAGACUCAAAAAUAACAAGACUUUUAAAGGAUUCAUUAGGGGGCAAUGCCAAGACCCUGAUGAUCUGCUGUAUAAGCCCCGCAUCAUCUAACUUUGAUGAGACACUCAAUUCACUAAAAUAUGCCAACAGGGCUAGAAAUAUCCGGAACAAACCUAUUGUAAAUCACGACUCAGCAUCCACCAAACUUGCAGAGAUGCAGAGUGAGAUCAUGGCACUGCGUGAUGAGCUCCAGAAACAGAGGAUGUCUCUCUAUACUGCAGCAACAGAGACUACAUCUUUAGAGGACAGCCAGGUCAGAGAACUUGAGGACAGGAUCAUCAAAUUGCAGACUGAAUGCUCCCACUACAGAAUGGUAGCAGAGGAGGCAUACAACCAGUUGGUAGAUAUUCGUAACAGAGACCUGCUCUCAAAGAGUCAGAACAUUAAACUUAGUGAUUGGAUGGAACUCAUUGAAGAGAUUCAGAGUAAGGUGCCAUCUACAUUAUCUAAGGAUGCCUGGCAGAAUGAGACAGUAAACCGCCUGGAGAAAGAACUGCAUCAGUGUAAGAAAGAUCUUAAAAGUGACGAGGAGAUAUUUGCUGAGAAAAAUAAGGAAGUAGAAGAUCUCAAGUCUAAGGUUAACAAGCUGGAGUCAAUGUUGAAGAAAUCCAGUGCUGCACUUGGUUCUAUGGAUGAGCAGGAGGCAAAGCACCAGAGAGAGAUGAUACAGCAACAGGAGUUAAUAGAACAAUUACAGAAUCAACUCAAGAAGCAAAGAUUCCAGAGUGUUGAGAUCAGUCAGGACAUUGAGCUCCCUGCCACUGAGGCGCCACCUAUCACAAGUAGACGGGCUAAGUCGGUUCCUGCAGAAAGGGUUGGCAAGAGACCGAUGACAGGCCAUCUGCAAGUACCAGAUCAGAGGGAUAUUCAUACAAGCCCCGCCCUGUUCUCUCUUGAUCGCGUCAUGCAGGGUUUCCGUGCACGUAGCCAACUUCUCAUCAACCAGCUUGAAGACAAUGAUGAUGUCCUCCAUAAGAUCUAUAGUAAGGAGAGUAUCAUAGAAGAGGAUGAUGAAGAGCCAGCACCUGUAAAAUCAAAAACACCAUUUGUGCGUAAGGGGACAUUCAGGGUUGGUGAAAUGAAGGGCCAGUUAAAGAGUGGCACAAAGACUCUAAUCAGAGACAGCAUGGAUCUUCUAACAGAUAACAAGGGAGAUGAGUCCCAAGGAGUUAGUGAGAAGCUCCGUUCUAGCACAGAGCUACAGAGAAAGAGGAUCAAAGACUCACAACUGAAGCUGCAGGCAGCUCAUCAGAAAAUGAGGGAUCUCAAUAUAAACAUCAGGAUGAAGGAGCAGCUAAUCAGGGAGUUAGUAAAAUCCGGCAAGGAGGCAGAAGUUAUGAAGAGGCGAUAUGCUGAUAAACUCAAAGCCAUGGAGAAGGAUAGAGAGCAGGCCAAGCAUGAUCUGAAUGAAGCCAAUAAAGCUCUACAUGAUCUGGAGGCCAAAGGCAAUGCUGGCGUUGUGGAAAAGAACAAAUUACAGAGUGAGUUCCGUAAGAAGAUAGAAUCUGCCAGGUCCAAGGUGAAUAGCCUCCAGAAGAAACAGAAGGAGACGGAGAAGGUUGCCAACAUAACCUCCCACAAUGACAAGAAGGUGUCUGACCUUGAGCUAGCAGUUGGCAAAAUGAAGCAACAACACGAUGAUCUUCACAAGAGACUUAAAGAGGAAAAUGACAGGAAAAUAAAACUAGAGAAAGAACUACAGAAGGACCAGCAGCGUAUAAAGGAGUUAGAGAUCCGCAAUGAGCAGCAGCAGAAGGUUCUAAAGCGUAAAACAGAGGAGGUUGUUGCAAUCCAUAAGAAACUUAGGAGUGGAUCAACCUCUUCUGCACACAGUGAAGGUCAGGACAAGAUAGAUGAACAGAAGAAGUGGCUCGAUGGAGAGAUUGAUAAAGUUCUAGCUCAACGCCACCAGAUGGAAGCACUGGAGGAGGAACUGAAGAAACGUGAGCAGAUAAUCUCGAAGAAAGAGGCGUUGAUGAAGGAAAAAUCUGAUCUUGAAAUGAAGAAGUUGCGAUCAAGUCAAAUUCUUAAUAAAGAUAUACUGUCUGUAUCUGGGAGACUGGAGUCCAUGGAGAGGAAAAUAGGGGAGAAAUCUAGGGAAGUCACCUCUGCCCCUGACAGCCAGACUCUCAAGGAAGAACUACAGGGUCUGGUAAAUAACAGGGAGAGAUUGACCAAACAGAGAGUAGUGCUGGAGGAGAAACUUCAAGAAGGCACCUUGCUCUCUCCACAAGAGGAAAGAAGGUUGAUAGAAUAUGAUGAGGCCAUUGAGACCCUCGAUGCAGCUAUUGACUUCAAGAAUGAAAGGAUUGCCAACAAGCAGAGAGAUGUCAGACAUUCCAUGAUGCUGGUCGCACAGAGUGAGGAAAACAUACUAGGUCGCCUGAACUCUCUAUCUGGCGCAGAUACAAAGGAGCUCCUGUCACGGUAUUUUAACAAGAUUGUCACACUCAAAGAAUCUGAGAGAAAUUACCAGUUGCAGUGUGAUCAACUUGAGAUGAAGGUUGAUGAACAGGAGAGACUUGUUCUAGAGCUGGAGUCUACACUAGAGAGGUCUGUCUUGGAGAGUGACCGUAAACUGACUGAGCAACAGCAACAAUAUGAACAGCAGUUGCAGACCUUAGUACACCAACUGGCCACUAGAGGGGAUGAGGGUCCAGAUUCUAAGAUGAAGGAACUGGAGAAAGAUCUCUAUUAUUACAAGAAAACCAGCAGAGAUUUGAAGAAAAAGCUUCGAGAGCUCAUGUCUGGAAUGAUAGGAGCGGAUGGUGAUAAAGGUGGUGAGGUGAAUGGUAGCGCUCCAACCACCCCUAGGGAUGAAUUCAAAAUACCCCUUACGCCAAAAGAUCAACAGACCCCCAGGCGUGGGAGUAAGGAGGAGACCCCCAGGGAAAAUAGAGACACACCGAGGGAGAAAAGAGAAACCCCUAGAGAACGGCAACCCCACCAACCAUCCACCCCAAGGGAGAGACACCGGAUGAACACACCCAGAAACAUAUCGGCCAGAGACAGGGACUCUAAAAUUGACCCUAAACCACCAGAUGAUAAACCAACCCUUGGAGGCACCAGAGUUCUCCAGUUCAAGGAGAUUCCAGCAAGUGAUGUAUCCCGAAAUGUUACCCCCAUCAAGAUAUCACGACGUGAGUUACGUCAAAUGUCAGAAGCUGAAUUAUCUGUGCGGAGAUCAAAUCUUAGUUCAGCUCCACCUCCUCAAGAUUCUCUUGAGGCAGCUCCAUCUGGUGGGAGGAAUCCUUGGGGUCAUGACACCUAUACUCUGGAUGGUAAACCAAAAUAA